AACACAGACUCAUCGAAUGGACCAAACCAAAGCCUCGAGGCUUGACGAGUGAGUGAGGGCACCGAAGCAGAAUUCCGAUCGAUCAUAUAAAGGUCCCGAUCGUAUCUCUUCCUUCGCCUCUCUUUGCUCUCUUCUUGGCUCUCGAUCACUGUCUGAGUAGCCAUGGCCCUACAAUUAUGGGAGACUCUCAAGGAAGCCAUCGUCGCCUACACCGGUCUGUCCCCGGCUACCUUCUUCACCGUCCUCGCGCUGGUUUUCGCUGUCUACUAUCUUGUUUCUGGUUUCUUUGGGGGUUCCGAUCAUCAUCCCAGGAAUUUUAGGGAACUGGAAGAGCAGAUGCAACCUCUGCCUCCGCCGGUUCAGCUCGGCGAGAUUACCGAGGAGGAGCUCAAAGUCUAUGAUGGCUCCGAUCCGAGUAAGCCUCUGCUCAUGGCUAUCAAGGGUCAGAUCUAUGAUGUGUCUCAGAGCAGGAUGUUUUAUGGACCAGGUGGACCUUAUGCCCUGUUUGCUGGCAAGGAUGCUAGCAGAGCUUUAGCAAAGAUGUCUUUUGAAGAGAAAGAACUGACUGGGGAUAUCUCUGGUCUGGGCCCUUUUGAGCUCGAUGCCUUGCAGGAUUGGGAAUACAAGUUUAUGAGCAAGUAUGUAAAGGUAGGCUCUAUAAAAAAGCCAGUCCCAGUAACUGAGGCAGAAUCCACUGGUGAACCUUCAGAAUCAGUUCCUCGUGAUGCUGCUCCCGCUGCCACUGCUGAGCACACUGAAGAGAUAAAGGCCCCAUCUGGAGCUGAAGCUGUUAAAAGCGAGGAACCACUUUCAAGUGUUGAUGCAAACAAAGGGUAAUAAUGGUUGAAUCCUCACGGUAUAUGUAUACUGUCUCUACCAGAGCCGAUGUGAAUGAUUAAUCCUUUACGAAUGUUUGAAGAAAAUGUCAGAGAUAUUGUCCCUUUCACUAUUCUAGGCUACCCCUUCUCCAAAGGAACUUCGCGUGAAGGCCAUAGUUUGAUCAA